AUGGUCCUCUUACACAGAAGCACACAUAUAUUUCCUACAGAUUUUGCCUCUGUUUCACGCGCCUUUUUCAAUAGAUACCCCAACCCAUAUUCCCCUCAUGUACUUUCGAUAGACACGAUAUCAAGGAAGGUUGACCAAGAGGGAAAUUUGCGCACAACAAGGCUGUUGAAGAAGUCAGGAAAGUUGCCUACUUGGGUCAAACCCUUUCUGAGAGGAAUAACAGAGACAUGGAUAAUCGAAGUUUCCGUAGUGAACCCCGGUAACUCCACGAUGAAAACCUACACAAGGAAUUUAGAUCACACUGGAAUUAUGAAGGUAGAAGAGUAUACGACCUAUCAGUUUGACAACGCUACAAGCAGUACGAUAGCAGAGAGCCGGGUGAAAUUUUCGAGCGGCUUCAAUAUGGGCAUCAAAUCUAAGGUAGAGGAUUGGUCGCGCACCAAAUUUGAUGAAAACGUCAAGAAAAGCAGAAUGGGCAUGGCUUUUGUUAUCCAAAAACUCGAAGAGGCGAGAAAUCCUCAGUUUUGA